GUCAGCACUCAAACGAGCGCCCAGCAGGGCUAAAGCCAUGUCACCCAUGUCUGCCCGGCUCUUCGCUCUGCCCAGGCACCUCCGUGAUGACCGUGAGCGCCACGGACGCGGACGACGCGGUGAACACCGACAACGGCAUCGUCAGCUACUCCAUCGUCAGCCAGCAGCCGCCCAGCCCGCACCCCCAGAUGUUCACCAUCGACCCGGCCAAGGGCAUCAUCAGCGUGCUGGGCACGGGGCUGGACCGGGAGACCACUCCCAACUACACGCUGAUUGUCCAGGCCACGGACCAGGAGGGCAAGGGCCUGUCCAACACCGCCACGGCCGUCAUUGAGGUCACAGAUGCCAACACCCCCAGCACCGAUGACAUCCUGAAGACCAACAAGGCUCCAGACAAACCCGAGAUGCUGAGCGGUUCCCUGACCACCCACGUGCUGAACACGGCCACAGGGCUGCCUGCUGCCGGCCUCGCUCUGUGCCUGGCACAGCUGGCAGAGCCAGGGGGACAGUGGACAGAGCUGGCACAGAGGUGGACAGAUACAGAUGGACGCUGUUUGCCCCUCCUGCCCCCUGGACAGGCUGAGGCUGGCACCUAUAAACUGCGCUUCGAGACGGCAGCUUACUGGCAGAGCCUGGGGUACAGCAGCUUCUACCCCUUUGUGGAGGUUGUCUUCACCAUCACUGACCCAGCCCAGAAGCUGCACGUCCCACUGCUGAUCAGCCCCUACUCCUACACAACGUACAGGGGCAGUUAGGGCAAGGCUCCAGUGCCCCAGGGGAACCACUUGACUGAUACCAUUAAAGGACUCAAACAGCA